UACAAACUGUAGAGGGCCGUGCCUGGACGGGCCCGAUACCGGCACCGGAUUGGUUCUUCCUCUUUCGCACCGGCGCAUCGAGCGAGCCCGCAAGAAGAAAACUCUGAACCACGGAACCCGGAGGACCCCCUCCUGUCUAUGUCUCUUCUAUGUGGAUGUAUACGUCUCUCUCUCUUUCUUCCCUUAACCGUGUGUUUGUGUCACGCGCGAGGUAAGAGAGACAGCAGUAACAACAGAGACACGCAACGGAGAACGUCGGACCGAAGAAAAAGUUCGUCUCUCUGGAAUUUCCACCCCCUCCUUCCUUCUCUUACUCCACCUAGAGUCUUCCCCUCUCUCUUCUCUAUCCUUCUCCUCCUCCUCCUCCUCCUCCUCUUUCUCCUCCUCCUCCACCUUCUUCUUCUUCUUCUUCUUCUUCCUCCUUCUCUCUUCUCUACUUCGUCGUCUUCGUCGUCGUUGUCGUCUUCAAAGAUCGACCAUCUCUUUCUUCCUGUCCCCACCCCCGUUAUACUUUCUUCCUCUUCCUCGUCUUCUUCUUCUUCUUCUUCCUCUUCUUCUUCUUUUACUCUUCUUCUACACACUUCUUCUUCUACUACUUCUUCUUCUUCUCCUCUACCCUUCCCCCUUCCUUAACUGACUUUCUACCCUCCCCUCCUCUACCUACCUACCCCUCUUCCACUAGUACCUCCUCCUACUACUACUCCAUCACCAUUCCACCGUAUACCUCUACCUCCUCCUUCCUUCCUCACUCGUCGACCAUCCGUCGCCGCUGCCCGCCCGUGCUUGUUCGUUCGUCUCGAUUCCGGUCGCUCGGUUACGCUUACGAUAUUCACCGGUAUUUCCGAUACUAUCCAAAGUGAUCUGUGAUCGUUCCCUCAAAGAAUUUUUGCUUAGACCCUUUGCGACAUCGUUCUUAUUCGUUUUCUUCCAAGAGAAGAACCUUUUCGGUAGUGUAGUUGGUGAGGUGGAAGGACAAGACACGUAGCGAAGUCGUUCUCGGGCAUCGUUAGAGUGAAAACAGUGAAGAAUACACAGUGUUUUGCAUUUUUCGCGGGAUCAUUUCAAAUAGAGAUCGUCGUUUGGUUCAAGUGGAAAAUUGAUAAAUUUAUCAGUGUGCUAAGACACAAGGAAACAAAGUAUAGUAUCGUAUUAUGAGAAUUGAAAUACGUACUGUAUUCUCAUAAUAAAUAUCUUUUUCCUGUCUGAGAAUGAUUUUUCGAAACGAGUUAUAGCUAAUCUAAUUCCAAAAUAUAAUCAUUAACAGUGCAAAUAUUAUUCAAAAUAUUAUUAUUAUUAUUAUUAUUAUUAUUAUUAUUAUUAUUAUUAUUAUUACUAUCAUCAUCAUCAUUAUUAUUACUCUUAUUAUUAUUAUUAUCAUCAUCGUCAUCAUCGUCAUUCUUUUCGACAAAUACGAUCCUAUAAAAUUUCAUAAAAGUUAAAAAAAAACCCAAAAUUAAGAGAAAAAGGGAAGAAGAAAAGUACGACCGAGUGCGUUCCAUGCGAGGUAAGCAAGAAGCUUUGCUACGGCAAGAUCAUCAUCAGCUGGAGGAUCAGCAUAGUAGUGAAAACGUUGAUCAAAUAGGUGAUCGGUCAAGAAUCCGCGUGAAUAAGGAGUUCGCGAACUUGAAGACGAAGCCAACGUCACCCGUCCUGGCGAACGACGGAGGGGGCGGCUUCUGGCUGGCCACGGUGGCCGCGGGGGUUGGUGCCCCAGCCGGGCUGCCCCCGCACUCGACGCAUCAUCCAACCAUGGAUCCGACAUGUGGAUCAGCCGAAACCGGCUUCAUCAAUAGCCAACCUUCCAUGGCCGAAUUUAUGACCGCUUUGCCACAAUUGACCAAUGAUGGUAAUCUGCAACAUUCACCUGGUACCGGUGGUUCCAUAAGUCCUGGAGCACACCUUCCUCCUUACCACAACAUGAUGGAUCAUCAUGCAGUAACCGACCCAUCCGGCGUCAACGUACCAGAGUAUCCUUGGAUGAAGGAAAAGAAAACAACCAGAAAGAACAACCAGCAAGAGAAUGGUUUGCCAAGAAGAUUGAGAACGGCUUAUACAAAUACGCAAUUGUUAGAAUUGGAAAAGGAAUUCCAUUUCAAUAAAUAUCUUUGCCGGCCACGACGAAUCGAGAUAGCAGCAUCGCUCGAUCUGACAGAACGUCAGGUAAAAGUCUGGUUUCAGAAUCGCCGUAUGAAGCAUAAACGGCAAACUCUGAGUAAGGAAGACGGCGACGAGAAAGAUGGCUCGACGUCCGACGGUAUGGAAAAGUCUAAAAACGAAAAACUGUUAAGUAUCGAUGCCGAGGAGAAGAAAAGCUGUCACAACUGUGAUAUUUCUGGUGUUGGAGACGUUGGUAGUACUCUCUCUGGUGACGUCAGCGAACUUGCUACUUCUGGUCGCAGGAAUAGCAAUAGUAAUAAUAAUAACACCAAUAAUAAUAAUAAUAAUAAUAAUAAUAAUAAUAAUAAUAAUAAUAAUAACAACAACAAUACGCCAUCUGCAACUAACAAUAAUAACGCAGUGUACAACACAAACAGCAACGGUGCCAGUAGUGUCGGGAGCACGAACAGUGUUUCCAGUUCCCUAGAAAAGAUGAUAGUCGACGAUGACUCCAGGUCGCAAGAUGGUAGUGAAGUGACAUCGCCGAGCGUGCCGACAAAGAAACUCUCUAACGAGAUUAGGGUCAAGGUCGAAAGUGGACACAAGAGUCCAAACACCACUAAACAAAUUUCCAUUAGUAAGAAGUCUCCGUCCGCAAAUUCAAAAGAUAUUUGUUCUGUAAAUAGCAACGGUGUUCUUCUCGCUAUGCCCGAUUCUACUGUCAGUACACCGGUCUUGCCAGGACAAAGUUCAGCGAGGAGCCUGACACCUUCGUCCACUCCUGGGACACCGGCUUCCGUUCAGCUUCAACAAGGAAGUCCACUUAGUAUGCAACAAACCCAUACAUCCUAUAUGCAAAGACCACGAAGCUCUCCAUCGUCGACGACGACAAUACUGCAAUCAGGAACUAUGUCGCCUCAUGCUGUCAGAAGCAUGGCGGCAAAUCAAAACCAUUUUCAACAACAAAACGUUUAUCAACCAAAUCUUGGUGUAGAUUACAGAAAUGGUGUUUCAACUAUUAGACAAACUGUUCCUGCGGUUCAACAAACGCAAUCGCAAAACAACUAUUGCACCAGAGAGAGCUAUCAGCAUACAAGAAUUCCAUAUACCAGUGAUGUACAUCCGUACAGACAAAAUCAGACGGUUGUUUCGAGAAUGAGCCAUGUGAGAAUGGCCGGCGGUAGAAACGUAUACGGCUCGAACAUGCAAUUUCACCAACAACAAAACCAAUACGGUAAUACGGCCGACUACAAUGGGUAUCCUCAAAGCGGAGCAACGUAUCAUGCUUCCUAUCAUAGAAGCAUGCAAAGCGGAGGUGCUUACAAUACCGCCCAAGGCUAUCCCAAUCCACAAGCCGAACAACCGACGGAAGGAUAUGGAAAUUACGGUUAUACUAGUACCGGUUAUCAUCCCAAUAGUGAGAAUCUUACAUCCCACAGUCAUUCCAAUGUGUCUACUCAAAGUGGACAACAUUAUUAUAAUGAAAUUCCACACCAGCAACAACAACAAACGCAACAACAUCCCACUGAAAAUUACGUUGCUCAUCCACCGUCAAUGCAUCCCACUUCUGGUGAUUAUCGAACUGGUAAUAAAUGUCACCCUAACGCCUACUACGAACAAACCAAUCAGAUGCACGUUCACCAGGGUGGCGAAGCUUCUAAUAUCCCCAAUAGUUAUGUAUCCUCUCCAGAUCCUUUCCCAGCACCCGGAAUGACCACCACAGCGACUGCAAUUGCCGCAGCAACCGCUGCUGUCAUCACGCCACCCGGUAGCACGGGACAAGCCGACGGAAGUGCGGAUUAUAACAAUUACGGCAAUUUUUACGGUGAACCCGUUCACACGACUGCACCGCCACCGUCGGCCGACAACAGUAAUAGUUCUUCAGACUUUAAUUUUCUCAGCAAUCUCGCCAAUGACUUUGCUCCCGAAUACUAUCAGCUCAGCUGAGUCCACGAGACGGAGAAUCCGUGUCAGCUUGACUGGGCCGAUGAACAAGGACUGCUCAAUGUUUUAUAUUAACUUAUAACAUGUGAUUUGUGAACGUAUCUAUCGAUGCGAAGAAAAAGAUAUGCGCUGUGUUUAUAAUUAGAACUGGUGAUAUAGUAUCGGUGAUAAAUAUAAAGUUAAAAGUUCUUUGUGAUUUCCUGAAGUUAAUAGACUAUUUGUAAACUAUCGAGAUCGAUGGUAUAAUUCGAUGAACGAUUUUAAAAUCCUUAGAUCCCCCGUCAUUACAUAUAUUUUAAAUAAUCCGAAACUCUAACUCGAAAAUUUUCUGUCUAAUUAAAAAAUACGCGAUUAAUAGGGAGAAUAAUUUCGAACGUAGGUAUACAUAUUGUAUAUCCUCGUAUGAAAAAAAAUUAAUAAAUAAAUAAAAAGAAAAAAAAGAUAUGGAACGAUGCAAUUUUAAAUAUGAUUCGCGUUUAUGAUUGUUCGUUAGUGCACGUUUAGGUUAAAUCUAUUCACUAUACCUGUUUAUAUCGUCAUGCACUAUUUAGCGAAUAAAUCUAAUCAUUGCGUCCAAGCUAAGAAUUUGUUCAGAAUACAGGGAUUAAUACGUUACGUUAAUUCUGUUAUUUAUUAUUAAGAAGAGUACCGAAAAAUACAGCUUGUACAUACAUUUUAAUAAUAGAUAUCAUAUGUUGUAUUUUUAAACGUUUCGAAAUUUAUCCUGGCCAACUUGUUUAUCGUUCUUUAACAUUAGCGGAUAGUUCAGUGGCCGGUGAGAGUAGAUGAGAGCGUUGAUGUGACAACGAAUCUUUCAAUGACAUGUGAUCCGUUCGUUACCUUUCUGUUUCUUUAAGAACUUACGAAACGGUACUGAUUCUAGAAAAAUGUUAACUACAUAUACUUAUCUAUACUAAAUUCGAAAACAUCGACUCAAAGCAUGUAAAUAAAAUAUUAUUACGAUAAUAAACAAAAUGGCCUGAAUCAAUCUCGAUGUUUGGCCACUCUCGUGAAUAAUUUAAACGAGACAAAAUAGUGCAAUGUUUUUAUAAAUACCUUUAUGUAAAUUGUAUCAUAAUUGGGAGUUUUAAAAGUUUAAGGCUGUAAUACAAGAAAUACAAUGUAAAGGUAAAAUAAAACAGACGCAUAUAUUGUAGAAAUGAUUAUGAAGAAAUAAGCAAACGAAAGAUAUAAAGUAAUACAUAAACGCUUUUCUCUAAGCGAGAUUUUGUUGAAAAAAAAAAUCACAUUUCUAAUAUCUUUUCCCGGGUAAAGUCUAAAAACUACUUAAUAUUUAAAUAAGUGGUCGUAUAUAUAUAGAUAUAUAUACAUAUAUAUAUAUAUAAAGAAAUCGGCUUUUACAUCUCCUGAUUAUGCUUAAAUUAAUUUAAUUUGAUUCACGAACUAUAUAUACACCUUAUUCAAAGUGAUUGACGUUGCUAUUGAUCGAAUUCUUUAAAAAAUGUUUUCCAAAUUGUAUUGUUUAUCAAUGACAAAAUGAAUUAAGAAAUUUUAAUCGCUAUAUAUUAUGGAGACUAUGUGUCUUAAAAUAGUGUUAAGUCAAUCACUGUGAAUCACCGUAAGUCUAUCAUUCACAUAACGAGAUAAAACGAGAUAGAAAUUGUACCUAAUUAUCGACUUCUUUAUCCAAUGAAUUUAUUUAAAUAUCUAAAUAUGUAUUAUGUUGAAUUAUCUAAUGAGAUGAACGAAACGAAAUGGAAUUGAGUUAAAUUGUGUUUUAUAUUUGAACGACAUUUUGAUAGAUUUUAUAUUUCGUUCGUAAUAUGGAUAUUAGCAACGAAAUAAGAGAGAACACAGAUACAGAGACACACAUACAUAUACAAACACAUACACUCAUAAACGCUGUAAAUUGAUAAGCAAUAAUUAAUUAUGCAAACGUGUAUAUAAUAUCACAGAAGAUGAGAGAGAUGACGAUGAGAUACGUGUAUAAAGUAUCGUGAUUCUCUUCACGAUCACGCUUAAGCUAGUGUGUAUACGCCGACGGAUAAGAGAAUGAAUGAAUGGAAAAAAUACUACAAUGCGACGGCGAAUAGAAUUAAUUGAGAAUGGAUUUAAUUGUUUAACAGUACCUAACUAUAGCGUGAACCAUCGAACCUAUUGAAUUAAUUAAAUAUUAUUUUAUUUUAUACACGAUCUCAUUAUCGAUUCAGCUUUAUAUAUAUAUACACAUAUAUAUACAUAUAUAUGUAUAUAUGUAUGUAUGUAUGUAUACAUAUAUACACAUAUACGUUCAAGCACAUGGAAAACGUUAACGUAAAAACAAACAUGAUGCAUUUGACAUAAGAUUUGCAUACGCGCAAUCAUUUGUCAUUUUUUAUGAAAGAAAAGGAAACAAAAUUCUUUUUUCGAAAAUUCUCCGUCACCUAUACAAAAGAAUAAGUUUUUUCUAUACUUUUUUAUAUUAAACGGAUUUUCUUUUUUUGUUUUUUUCGCAUUUGAGCUAAUUAUAAGAUUUACAUACGCGCGAUCGUGUCAUUUUUUUUUAUAAAGAAAAAAAGAAAGAAGAAAUAUUCUUGUUCGGAAAUCCUCUAGACUAUAAAAAAAAAUUUUAUAUCAGACGAACUUAUUGAUUUUUUCUGUUUCUGUCUUUGUCGAGUAUUCACAACUUAUCUAAAUUAUCUAAUUUAUUAAUCUCUGAAAAAACUAAACGUUAUGUGAAAUUAUAUGAAAUAACUAAACGUUAUGAGUAUUAUGUAAAACACAUUUGCAUUUAAUGCAAUAAUCAACGCAAUAUUCCGUCAGUAUUAUCUACUAUCUAAAUUGUUUUUAGUCUUGAUUUUUAAUUUUUCUUUCGAUUAAAUAG